AACUUCCAACUGUUACGGCAUCAAGGCAAUUCCUGAAUAGUCCUGUCAAAAAUCACUUCCCUGAUUUGCGAAAGGCAACUUUCUUCCUCACUGUGUAAUUUCUGAAGGUGGGAAUGGGAGGGGACUUGGUAGCCCUUUGGGAAGUUCGCCUCAGUGAUGGGGUUCAUAAAGUGGGAUUUGAACAUGGCACCACAACAGGCCGAAGAGUAUUGUGGGUAGAUGGAGAGGAGAAGGUUCAUCAUGACUGGAUGUUCAAGUUAGUUGGCUCAGAAGUAUUUCAAAUUGGUGACACUAAAUGUGUUAUCAAAAUUGAACCUGUUGGAGGUUUUUCUUAUGAGUACUCUCUUGAGGUGAAUGGCAAAAGUUACAAGAAGUUUACGGAAAACCAGAGUAAAAUACUGAAGACAUGGCUUUUGCCACUGGAAGGCUCAUAUAUGCGAGUGGUUUUGGAGAAAGAUACUUUGGAUGUUUGGGUUAAUGGGAAGAAAUUAGACACUGCAGGUGAGUUUGUAGAUGAUGGCACUGAAACUCACUUUGAUCUAGGAGGCCAUCCAGCAUACAUAAAGGCUGUGAGCAGUGGCAACCGAAGGGAAGGCAUCAUUCACACGCUUAUUGUCGACAAUACUGAAAUACCAGAGUCUGUGGAGUAAAAUGCAUUUUACAGAGGAUCUAAUACAAAUGUCGGCAGCGGAAAAUUGUCGGUUUCGUGUGAGAAUAGCUAAUCGAUAUGUCGAGGUGAUUUUGUCCAACCAGAAUGUUUAUUGGAUCUUUGUCAAAAUAAUAGUAAGAGGCCU